UGGAUAUCCAACAUUGUUGUGGUGGUCUCUCCUGAAAAUAUCGAAACUAUGAAGUCUAUCAUUGAAAAAUAUGGCCACAAAAGAGUUCUGGUAGUAAAAGGUGGAAUGACUCGUCACCGGUCAAUUUUCAAUGGACUGAAAGUAUUUGCAGAGAAGGAAUUUUCCAACCAUCUGCUCCAGAAACCAGAAGUAGUGAUUAUCCAUGAUGCUGUGAGGCCGUUUGUUGAAGAGGAUAUUCUUUCAAAAGUGGUUCUGGCUGCUAAAGAACACGGGGCAGCAGGAGCAAUUCGUCCUCUAGUUUCUACUGUUAUUGCCUCUGCUGCAGAUGGCUGUUUAGACCACUCAUUGGAACGUGCCAGGUACAGAGCGAGUGAAAUGCCUCAGGCUUUCUUGUUUGAUGUGAUCUAUGAAGCAUACCAACAGUGUACAGACUAUGACCUGGAUUAUGGAACUGAAUGUUUGCAUCUGGCUCUGAAAUACUGUAAAACAAAUGCCAAACUUGUUGAAGGAACAGCUGACCUCUGGAAGGUGACCUACAGGAGGGAUCUGUAUGCAGCUGAAUCGAUUAUUAAGGACAACCUCUCUCAACGAGUUUGUGUUAUUACCGAUGUGAAGGAAGCUGUUGCACAAGUAGGUUUUCUCCUUCAUGAAUCUCUGAAAAGCCAAAUAAAAGUUGAAGCUAUAUCAAUAUCUCCAAGCAAAAAUGAUAGCCUUCUACAAAACAUGUUUUCAGGACAGUGCUACAAUUUUGUUCAUGUAAAU